AUUAGGGUGCCGGCGUCACAGGGAGAUUGUUAAAAUAUCUCGACUGUCAUUUCUAACAGGUGAAAGCUCCGAUGGCGAUGCCCCCAACUGUAAAUUCAGAGCAAUCAGUCGCUUUAUCCAACGAUGCUGAGCACCGCGAGGAUAAUAUGGUUCCCAAUUCCUUAAAUCAUGGAGGUGAAGAAUCCAAGCCUGGGAUUGACAAAGAAGAAGUUAGAGGCAUUCUUGAACUUAUUGCAUCCACUGGGAAAUUUUGGCAUGAUUGGGACAAAUUGAAGAGCAUGAUAUCCUUUCAUCUGAAGCAGGUUCUAUCAGAGUAUCCUGAGGCAAAAAUGACUAGUGAGGAGCAGAAUGCUAUAUUGGGAGAAACUUAUGAAGAACUGAUGAAAAGGUUGGAUGAAGCUCUUCAUAGUUUUGAUGAAGGUCCUCCAUUUACCCUGCAGAGACUCUGUGAGAUCCUAUUGGCUGCAAGAAGUAUCUAUCCAAAUCUGUCAAAGCUUGCCCUUGCACUAGAGAAGAAUCUGUUGGUGACCUCUACAUUAACGGUUUGCAUGGAUCCUUAUCCACAAACAAUGCAAAAGCUAGAUGAACCAGAUAAAGCACAUGAGGAACCACAGCCGCAAUCCAAUUCAAUACAAAAUGGGGUUGAACCUAUGGUAGGAGAUGGGGAUGAAAUAAUGGCUGAGGUGCAGGAGGCCGAUAUUGAUGAUGAUAUGACCAUUGAUAUGGAAGCCUUUGAAGAAAUAGUUGGAUCAUCAGAACCAAAUUCUACACCAACUGGAAAUUCAUAAAUUUAGGUUAUUCUUUUUGGUUACAACACCCUCUACUAAGCUCAUGGAUCCAUUUGCUGAACUGGGGAGAGAGAGACUAUUUGUACCAAGGCAAGCAAUGGGGUUGGCGUCAUUGUGUUUCUAUCCUUCAGGUUAGCAGCAGCAAGGGAAAAUCAUAGAUUUAUGCCACAUGGAAUUAGAACAUUUCAAUCCGUGGAUCUUACUUGAAUGGUAUAUUUAUACAAUUCUCAUGUAAUUGCCUGAUGGCUUCUUAUCUCUAAAUCGUAUUUGACAUUGCCAUGAGAAAUUCUUUCGCUAGUCCAUGGUGAACGAAAUUGAAACUUCAUAUUACUUGGUAUUAGCUAGAUUGCUUGAGAUGGAGGACUGGUUUGUUGUCGCACCUUUUUUGUCCUGUGGUAGCAUUAGCUUCAACCUUCUAAGUUCUUUUGGACUUGAGCAAGCUAUGGUGUUGAGACAUUCUUGAGGAUUUAAUGAUGGGGUCACAAACGACUCUUUUUCAGUCAGCUUGAGCAUGCAAGAUGCAUUGCAUGAAUUCAUGCUUGUAUGCAUUCUUCAACACUGGUAGUCUCUAAAAGAUUCCCAAACUCUUGCUGUGUUCUUGCCUUGGAUCUUCAACUUUGAAAUACAAUUAAUACUCAAUUGUUCUGUAUA